UUUUCUAAUUUUCUCAUUCAAAUUAUAUUGAAAUGGAUUGAGGCCGUACGUACAGUUUAACAACAAUGGCAUGGAUAAGAUCGGCGAUGAACAAAGCUGCUGAAGAAGUACGAGGAAGGUCCAGUUUUGGAGAUGCUGUUCGAUCGCAUACCGGUUAUAAUGUUGUCCGCAAUCCCGGACCCAACAGGGCAGCUCAGAACAUGAGAAGCUAUAAGGAGGCAAUUAGAAGGCUUGAAGAAGCUUCUAUUUGUUUUCAAGGGGAAAAAAGAGCUCAGUUGCUAAGAAGAUGGAUAGUUUGUUUAAAAGAAAUUGAAAGACUGGAUGCAGGUUCGGCUGUGAAUGAUGAGAAAAUAUCGGAGGAACCUAAUACAUCAAGUGUCAAGUAUGAUGUUCCGGAUGUUAAAGAGGUAAAUGUUACUCGUUUGGAUAUGAAUAUAGCUAGCCUGGUACUAUAUUAUGAUCAAGAUCUUGGUGUAUCACCAGUGAAUUUCCGCGAUGUUUUUCUUCACAGUCAGGCUCUUGAAGGCAUAACAAUGUCUACGAUUCUUGGAGCACCAAACGAGGAAGAAGUUUUUCUACUAAAAGAGCUGUUUGGAUUGUGCCUCACAGGAGAUAAGGAAGUCCAUGAAGUAAUUGUAAAAAGGAUUCUAGAUUUGUCAAAAGCUUUCUCAGUGUAUGAUGAUGAAGUGCUGGCAAAGAAGAGCGAAUUACUUGAUUUUGUACAAAGUGCAAUUGCUGGGCUGAAAGUAAAUUGUGACAUAUUGAGAAUAGAUUCUGAAGUCUCAGAAGUUCAUCAAAACUUGAAAAGAUUUGAAAGUCAGGAACUUCUUAUCGAGAGCGAUGGAAGUUCUUUGGAUGCAACAAACAAUGCGACAUUGGAGGUUAUAAAAGAAUCUGUUUCCCCAAUUCGACUUUGCUGUAGGCUGGAGUCACUUUUACUUAUGAAGAGAUUGUUGAACACUGGGGAUACAGCAGAGGCCCACUCUCAUAAGGUUGAUAAAUUAAAAGUUCUAUCGGAAUCCCUUCUUAGCUCAGCAUCUAAAACCGAAAAGCGCAUAUCAGAUCAUAGACAGCAGAAAGAAGAAGCCCUUCAUUUUCGUGUAGCCAAAACUAGUGAAGUAAGCCAGAUUGAGAAGGAUUUAGCAGCCGAAAUUAGUGUGCUUGAAAAGCAGAGAGAUGAACUUGAAGCUGAGUUGCAGCAGGUAAAAAGCUCAUUGACUGCUGCAAAUGCCCGUCUUCAAAAUGCAAGGGAAGAAAGAGAACAAUUUGAUGAUGCUAAUAACCAGCUCCUUGUAGACUUCAAGUCAAAGGAUGACGAACUCUCAAAAGCAAUUGUGUCGUAUAGAGCAGAAGCAGAUACUUGUAGUGCCUGUGUUGAUUUUCUGGAAGCUACCUGGGCUGUCCAAUCCUCUAUUACGGAGAAAAAGGAAAAGAAUGUUAACGAUGAGUUGGAGACGCUUGAGGAAUACAUCGUUAAUGUUGCUAGGAGUCUUUUAUCUGCAUACAAGGAUGCAUUGGAACCUGCCAUCCUCAAUGUGAAGAAACAUAUGAAGAACUUGAAAAGGUAUGAGAAAGCAAUUGACCCCGAUGAAGAAUUUUUGCAAGAUAUUGAGCAAAGAAAAGCUCUUGAGGAGGCAUAUCUGGCUGCAGAAACGAAGGUGCUUACAAUCUUUGAUGCGGCGGACAGUGUUAAAGAACUAUUUUACCACACAUUUGAUAAUGUUUCUAGGAAAGGUAUUGAACCGGUUAAUGAGAUGUGUGAUGCUAUCGAAAAAUUCAAAGUAGAUUUUGAAGCUUUACCAAGACCACCUUUGAGGUAUGAAAAGUCAGCUGAGGGAGAAAAUAUGUCAUCUAAGGAAUACCCUGGAAAAGGUGCACCUCCAACUUCCAAACUUGUGCUGGCUGUGGAUUUAAAAUCAAUUCUUACACAGAAACUGGUACCCCGAGCUCCAAAUAUACGACCAUAUAUACCUUUAGGUGGGAGUCCGGAGAACUCUCCAUCAAAACAGCAGAUUGAAAAAACAACGCCGGUAGAAGACAAUGAGACUAAAACUAUAGAUAUUGAGAAAGAAAGUAGGGAACCGUUAAUAAUGAAACAUGACGCAAAAAUAGAAACAACAGAAAGCCAAGAAAGUAGUAUUUCUCAACCUUCUACAAGUGAGGACAAGAAGUUUCUGGAACUUUCUACAGAAGUAGUCUCUAAAAAAGUAGUGAACCCUGAUAUAGCAGAAUAUGAACACGAGAAAACGCUUGUGCCUUCUACUAGUGACAUUGAAUAUUCAUCACUGAGUUCCACAGGUGAGGGAGAAAAGUUAGCAGACACUGAUGAGGAAACAGCAAAUUCGGGUUAGAAUAUGAUGAACAGCAUAAAAAUCAUGAGCCCUGGUUAGUUUAAAAUAUCUGAUACAUGAGCAUUCUGGCCUGUUCCAUUCAAUGGUAUUAGCAUCUUAUAUAUUAUUGUAUUUUCAACACUAAAUAGUGAAGGCAAAGCUUUGAAAAUCACAUAGAUAUGUUAUAUUUUGUACAUUUGUAUA